GGCCGGCGGGAGCCGCCCGCGGGCUGCACUGGGCAUGCUCAGACGGCGGCCAGGUCGCGGCGCGAGCGAGCUUCCGCGCCGCCCGCCCGCGCGACCUACCUGGGCGCCCCGCGCCCCCGGAUGCUGCAGGUUACUCAGCGGUCGUUAUGACCUCCCGGUUACGCGCGUUGGGUGGAAGAAUUAAUAAUAUACGAACCUCUGAAUUACCCAAAGAGAAAACCCGAUCCGAGGUCAUCUGCAGCAUACGGUUUUUAGAUGGCUUGGUACAGACCUUUAAAGUUAACAAACAAGAUUUGGGCCAGUCACUUCUGGAUAUGGCAUACGGCCACCUGGGCGUGACAGAGAAGGAGUACUUUGGAUUGCAGCAUGGUGGUGACCCAGUGGACUCCCCUAGAUGGCUUGAGGCAAGCAAACCCCUCAGGAAGCAGCUGAAAGGAGGUUUCCCCUGUACCCUGCAUUUUCGAGUAAGAUAUUUUAUACCUGAUCCCAACACACUGCAGCAGGAACAAACCAGGCAUUUGUAUUUCUUACAACUGAAGAUGGAUGUUUGUGAAGGAAGGUUAACGUGCCCUCUCAACUCAGCGGUGGUUCUAGCUUCCUACGCAGUGCAAUCUCAUUUUGGAGACUUUAAUUCUUCCAUACAUCAUCCAGGCUAUCUUGCCGACAGCCAGUUCAUACCAGAUCAGAAUGAUGACUUUUUAAGCAAGGUGGAGUCGCUCCAUGAACAGCACAGUGGGCUAAAGCAGUCAGAAGCGGAGUCCUGCUACAUCAACAUAGCUCGGACCCUUGACUUCUACGGAGUAGAGCUUCACGGGGGCAGAGAUCUGCACAAUUUAGAUCUAAUGAUCGGAAUCGCUUCUGCGGGCAUUGCAGUGUACCGAAAAUACAUUUGCACAAGUUUCUACCCUUGGGUGAACAUACUCAAAAUUUCUUUCAAAAGGAAAAAGUUCUUCAUACACCAGCGGCAAAAACAGGCUGAAUCCAGGGAACAUAUCGUGGCCUUCAACAUGCUCAAUUACCGAUCUUGCAAAAACUUGUGGAAAUCCUGUGUCGAGCAUCAUUCAUUCUUUCAGGCAAAGAAGUUACUACCUCAGGAAAAGAAUGUCCUGUCUCAGUACUGGACUCUAGGCUCCAGGAACCCCAAAAAGUCUGUAAAUAACCAAUAUUGCAAAAAGGUGAUUGGAGGGAUGGUGUGGAACCCAGCCAUGAGAAGAUCCUUAUCAGUGGAACGACUAGAAACCAAGAGCCUGCCUUCUCGGUCCCCACCCAUCACCCCCAACUGGCGAAGUCCUCGGCUCCGGCAUGAAAUCCGAAAGCCCCGCCAUUCUUCUGUGGACAACCUUGCCAAUGAGAUGACCUACAUCACGGAAACCGAAGAUGUCUUCUAUACCUACAAGGGAUCCCUGUCCCCCAAAGACAGUGAUUCCGAAGUUUCCCAGAACCACAGCCCACACCGAGAAAGUUUGUCUGAGAACCACCCAACACACAGCUGCCUGACCCAGAAGUCCUCCAGUUCUGUGUCUCCGUCUUCAAAUGCUCCAGGCUCCUGCUCCCCAGAUGGAGUUGACCAGCAGUUCUUAGAAGACUAUCACAAGAUGAUCAAAGGGGGCUCCAUUGAGGAUGCCAGCCAGUACUACUGUGACAAGAAUGGCGAAAGUGAUGGUUACCUAGUCCUGAUCCGAAUCACGCCAGAUGAAGAUGGAAGAUUUGGAUUUAAUCUUAAGGGAGGAGUGGAUCAAAAGAUGCCUCUUGUGGUCUCAAGGAUAAACCCAGAGUCACCUGCCGACACUUGCAUGCCUAAGCUGAAUGAAGGGGAUCAGAUCGUGUUGAUCAAUGGCCGGGACAUCUCAGAGCACACUCAUGACCAGGUGGUGAUGUUCAUCAAAGCAAGCCGGGAGUCCCACUCCAGAGAACUGGCCCUGGUGAUCAGGAGGAAAGCUGUGCGCUCCCUGGCAGAAAUCAGAGCGGAGGAUGAGCUGAGUCAGCUUUUCCCAGAAGCCAUGUUUCCUGUAUGUCCUGAGGGUGGGGACAGUCUGGAGGGAUCCAUGGAACUGCUGAAGAAAGGUCUGGAGAGUGGUACAGUGCUGAUCCAGUUUGAGCAACUCUACAGAAAGAAGCCAGGCUUAGCCGUUACAUUUGCAAAGAUGCCUCAGAAUUUGGAUAAAAACCGAUACAAAGAUGUGUUGCCUUAUGACACCACCCGGGUAUUAUUGCAGGGAAAUGAAGAUUAUAUUAACGCGAGUUAUGUGAACAUGGAGAUUCCUGCUGCUAACCUUGUAAACAGGUACAUUGCCACUCAGGGACCCCUGCCACACACCUGUGCACAGUUCUGGCAAGUUGUCUGGGAUCAGAAGCUGUCUCUUGUCAUCAUGCUGACCACUCUCACAGAGCGAGGGCGGACCAAAUGUCACCAGUAUUGGCCGGAUCCCCCUGACGUCAUGGACCACGGCAUCUUUCACAUCCAGUGUCAGGCAGAGGACUGUACCAUUGCCUAUGUGUCCCGAGAAAUGCUAGUUACAAACACUGAGACCGGGGAAGAGCAUACAGUGACCCAUCUCCAGUAUGUAGCGUGGCCUGACCACGGUGUGCCUGAUGACUCCUCAGACUUCUUGGAGUUUGUGAAGUACAUGAGGUCCCUGAGGGUGGACAGUGAGCCUGCCCUAGUUCACUGCAGUGCUGGGAUAGGUCGAACAGGUGUGUUGGUCACUAUGGAAACAGCCAUGUGCUUAAUUGAGAGGAACCUGCCUGUUUACCCACUGGAUAUUGUCCGGAAAAUGAGAGACCAGCGCGCCAUGAUGGUGCAGACAUCAAGCCAAUACAAGUUUGUGUGUGAAGCGAUUCUUCGAGUGUAUGAAGAAGGCUUAGUCCGGAGGCUGGAUCCCAGUUAGGACAACUGUGAAGCGUUCAUUCCUCCUUCCCUAGGGCGACUUCCUGAAGAAGGGGACGCACAUUCCCCUGGAGGCCCCCAGAGAUGCUGGUCACUGUGGGAAGGAAUGAGCUUAUUUGAACCCAGGCACUUUAAAUUUCAAUUUCUGUGGAAAAGGUAUCCUGUACAUAGGAACUGAUGAUGUAGAUAUGCAUGCCGCUAUGAUUUCUUUGGGCCCAGAGAAAUAAGCAACAGGGGAUCUCCAAUUGAAGAGAUCUGUGUUUCUCCCUCAGUAUCGCCAUCCCCUGUCAGCCAGCAAUACUGUUGACUCUUCUCCCGCCAGAAGCCAGACAAUGUGGCUACUUGUGGUUGCUCAGGUGUUUCGUGUGUUGAUCUGUGUGGGACUGACUCCAAGGGCUGAACUUCCUUGGCUAUGGGUGUCCAUUACUCCUGACACCAGGGAAAACUCAGAUGAAUGUACCACAGGCAGGGUACAAGGGACUUCAGGCCGGAGGAUGAACAGGGUCUAUUCUGCCCUCCCUCCCUCCCUCCCUUCUCUGCCUCAUCUCCACCCCUUCUGCGCUCAUGUUCCAAAGCACCCCACUCCCCCUACCCCCGAAUUCCUUUCUUCAGGAUCACACCCAGUGCCUGAACCAGUUUCGUAAUGUAUGUUCAGGUGACUUCUCAGCCAAGACUGGGAACUGGACUCUGUUCACGCUGAGUCUUAGCUUUAGAAGCAGACGAGCCUCUGCUCACCCCUUACCGUGCACUCAGCCGCCAUGACUGGAAUCGCCGAUUGCCGAAUCUCUGUGUGGAUUGCUGCUACUUCAAGCUCUCACACUUGAAACAAGAUGGUUUUCCUGGGGAUGGGGCAGGGGUGGCAGGGAGGAUGGCAUCAUCCAAAUAGCAUCCAGAAUUUUGGACCCUUCUGAGAAAACGGCCUUCUAGUAAGUGACCGUAAGAAACACUGCUUCUCGAAGGUGUCAUGUGUGUGUGAGACGGGUGACUUUCUCAGGAUUCCUAACUGGAUUCAAAUUACUGUUGAGUUUAUGUAAAGAAUGAGUCUCUGUACAGAAGAGCAAAUGUGUGCAUUCACCCUUAGUUACAAUGGUCUCCAUUUCAUUUCAGAGGAGAGAAUCAGACUAUCUGAAUAUAAACACAAUUUGAUGUUAAUUUAUUCUAAGUACUCUGGGAUUUUGAUUGUCCUCAAGAAUUCUGCUCUGUGAAUACCAUGGUAAUUUUUUUUUUUUAAUUUGUGGCAGAACUGUAGCGAAUUAUUAUUUAAGGAAAAAUAAAUUACAUGAAUGCUUUAAGGUGAUAUUUUAAAUAGCAGUUUUUGUGUAUCCAGAAGAAUGUCAGCAGGUUCCUCAGUGGUACUUAUGGGAAAAGGACACUUCCAUGUUAUCAUGUAAGGAGAUUAAGCUACAUUGAUACUUAGCAGGCACUGAACCAAUUAAUACAUUUCCUAGUUGCAAGAUGGGUAAGGACCAGUGCAGAGGAGCCCAGGUUUCUGAACAUUCUUUAUCUGCAGGUUCAGCAGAUAGGUAUCCAUCUACUUCCCUCCUGCCUGCCUUUAACCCACGCAUAUCUUACUGCUCAAUGAUGUGAGUGGGAUUGUGCAAUGCCCAGUCCCCUGUAUAAUGAGAAACUGGAAUGGUCUCCAUACUCAAUACCAAGCAGCCCUUAGCCUAAGAACCUGGGGUCUCUGCCUAUUAUUUCCUUCUGCAUAAAGAGAAACAACACUUGGAACUUGAAGGCAGAAUGAGAUUAUACUAGGAAAUUAAUUUCCAGCCUGGAAUAUAUAAACCAAUGCUGCUGAAGACCUAGGAAAGUUGACUUCUCUGUGGCUGGCCCAAAAAUGCAUCAGAAAUGUGGAGCCCACUGGGUUUUCACAGAAAGGUGUUCCAGAGGGAAAAAGCCCUGAAGACAGAGGACUGAUUCAGCCUGGAUUCUGAGAACGCCCUCAGCAAAGCACCAAAAGAGGAGGAGCAGAGAAUGCUGGGUACUUUUCUGGGAUAUCAGGCUGCUUAGCAAACCACCGUUGUUUGAUAGAAAUGUUUAUCACCACCCUGUGUGCAAAACACUUGCGAAUUCUAAAUGUCCUUGGAGAUGGUUUUAUUAUUUUCUAGAAACAAGUUGUUGAAUGUGGUCACGAAAAUGCUGCUGUUACACUUACAUAAUAUUCCGUGAAGCUUGAAAAGGCUGCAGCUGGUUUCUCUGCCAUCGUGCCGGGCCCACAGUUCUGACACAGCAGACGAGCAGACAUUGCCAGAAACAAAGUCUGCAGAUUCCUGGGAAGGACGAGACAAGAAAAUGACCUCAAGGAGCAGAGGAACACCCAAGUAAACAGGGUCGAUAUUACCAAUUAAACACCAAAGAUCUGAGCUCCACAUUUCCCUGCAUCCCACAGUUGCUCUCAAGAAACCAUGUUUUAUCCUAAGAACUACUUCAGGCUAAAUAUUUUGCCUGGGAAAUUUGGCUGGAUGUGAAUGGAGAAGAUAUUUAUAACCUGCAUUCUAGCACCUUCCAGAAGGUCAGAUUAGACACCCCAAUGUGCUGGCUUUAUCCAGAUGGGUCCCCUGCUGGCAUCACUCUCUCGAACCCGUACAUGGUGAGAAAUAUUAAGUGAAGUUUAUUUAGGGUAGGGAGACAGGGUGGAUGGAUCUCAACCUUGUAGCAGUAUAUUUAGUUUCCUCCCACGGUCAUUGUUACUUAAAGAUGCUUUGAGACUAGUGUAGAUUCUCUCACAGCUGUGUUCCUGGUUGAUCUCUCUUCCCCUCCCCCAACCCCCCUCCUUAAACAUUUGGGGGCAGUGAGUAGCUUCUUCAUCCUCUCAAGGCAACAAAGAGGCAGUAUCAGCAGGGAAACAUUGUAAGAGGCAGGACUUGGUCCAGACCUAAGGCUUGCGGAGAUGCUUUACCCUCAGUCCUCAGUUAAUUGGUGGUUUGUGUGUUUGUUUUUGUUGAAAGGGGCUGAUGAUGGGGUGGCCUAGAUGAGCUCACAAGCGAUUCCGGGAAACAGUCUAACCUUAACCAAAUCUGAAGAGCUGACCUAGAGAAACAUACCCCGUUCCUGUGACUUGUCCCUGAGAGGCUGUCUCAGGCCUUGUCAUUGUGGAAUCAUUAAGAGAAAGAUUGCCACCCUCCUGGUUCUUGCCUGUCAUCCCAGAUCAGACCUAGCAAAGAGUCUGUCACACUCUUGAUAGCUCUCACGCCACUGGAGCACCCAAAGGAUUGUGCUAAGCCGUGUUUUGUAAAGUCUCUUAGUCAUCAGCAAUACGUUUUUCUGUAAAUGUGGAAUGUUUUUCGUUCUGACUUAUUGUCGGGUACUCUGCUGAAAAAGAGUUUGAUUAAUAUAAAAGCAUUCAAGCUAUUCAACACCA